CAACCAGCGUUCACAGUUAAAAGCGUCAGGUGAAACUCGGGUUGUGAAGGCGAGGGAACGGAUAAAAAUAAAAGAAACUUCGCUAGUUCGAAAUUUUUAGGUCAGUUAGCGUUAUAUUUAUAAACUUUAGCGGUGGGGAAUACUUUUAAUAUCACAGACAAGCACGUUACAAGAUGAAGAGCUUCAUAAAUCGACGGAAAAAACACGAAGUUACCAUCACAAACACAGACUGGAACAAGUACGAUGAUCGGUUGAUGAAGGCGGUGGAACGUGGUGAGGUGGACAAGGUCGCCGCUGUUCUCGGCAAGAAGGGCAUCGUUCCCACCAAACUCGACGUGGAGGGACGCUCUGCGUUUCAUCUGGCAGCCACACAAGGACAGCUUGAAUGUCUCAACCUCAUGCUGGGACACAAUGUCGACAUCACUGCAAAAGACGCCUCUGGAAAAACCGCUCUUCAUCUGGCUUCAAAGUACAGAAAUUCUGUGUGUGUGCAGAAACUCCUGCAGCACAACUGUCCAGUCGGAAACGUGGACCUACAAGGACGCACUGCUCUACAUGAUGCCGUGAUGGGGGGCUGCACCUCCAGUGUGAAGCUUCUUUGUGACCGUGGGGCUUCUGUGAACAUCUCUGAUUUUGAUGGCAGGACUCCUCUGAUUCUGGCAACACAGAUGUGUCACCCUCAUAUCUGUCAGCUGCUGCUGGAGCGAGGAGCCGAUUUCAAUGUCCGAGACAAACAAAACAAGACACCUCUGAUUUUGGGCUGCGAGUUCGGCUGCAAGGACGCCGUGGAGGUGUUAUUGAAAACCGGCACUGAUGUGAAAGCAGUCGACAACAUGGGUCACGAUGCAUUUCACUACGCUCGCCUCAGCAACAAGCCAGACCUCCUUGCAUUGAUCAAAAGUCACCUUGAGAAGGUCAACAGAGAAAAAGAAGCUGCAAAGAUCGAACAUUGGAAGCGGCAGCUUUCAGUGGACAGAUCGGAUGCGGCGGAGUCUAACAGAAAGGAUCAGAUCAUAUUUGAUCUGGAGAGGCAGAACGAGGCUCUUCAGGAAGGCCUCAGGAAGUACCACCUGGAGCAGAAACUUCUGACAGAUAAGGUCAACAUGCUGCAACAUCAACUCAUGCAGGGGAAAAAAGCAGUGGAAGAUUCUCAAAAAGAGAAAGAGCAGUUGAAGGCGUUAUUCAGUGCCAAAGACAAAGAUGAAGGCGGUCGCAGUCCGGAGACUGUCAGGGUUCAGCUCCGGAGUGCUUUGGGGGAAUAUCCAGGCCAGUCUAUUAUUAAAGGAAAAGAAAGCAUUUUAGUCAAGCAAGCGCAAAGUCUGGAUUUCGAGCAGAUGCCACAGGAGCGUCCUGCGUCCAGACAACUCCAGAGGAGCCAAACUGCAGGAGGCUGGGACCACCCCGAAGUGGAAUCCCUUCGACGCGAACUCGACACGAUGCGGAGAAAACUGCAGACCGCAGAAGAAGAGAAGGGUCCGCUUCAGACGGCGCUGAACCAGAAGAGCCGCGAGUGCCAAGAGCUCGCUCAGAGCCGGGACGCCGUCCAGAAGCGGGCCGACCAGCAGGUCCAGGAGCUGGAGGACGCUUUGGGCGACGUCCAGAAGCGGAUGCUGGACUCCGAGUGUAAAGUCAAGCAGCUGCAGGCUCACGUCGUCGCCGUGAAGGAACACCUGGGGGGCCAGGCGACAGAAGAACUGCGCGCACAGCUGCAGGACGUGAAGGCCAAAUACGAAGGCGCUUCGGCUGAAGUCGGUCGGGUUCGUAACCGCCUGAAGCAGAGUGAAAAAGCCUUGGAGGAAUACAAGAGCAGCGAGAGCCAGCUGGCCGCCGAGACGGAGCGGCUCAACCAGGAGCUGGCAGCGCAGGCAGCGGAGAGAGACGAGCUGAGCAAAGCCCUCUCAGCGAUGGAAACCCUCCUGAACAACACCGUCCCGGCCGAGAAGUUUGACAACAUGAAGAACCUGCUGACCAACGCGGUGGACGAGAAAGAGCGGCAGCUCGCCGAGCUGAGAGAGGACUACGACCGCGUGUUGGAGGAAGUGGCUGAGCUCCACCGGAAACUGGACGCCCCGUCGUCCCGGGCGAUGUCCGUGGAGGAGCAUCAGAGGAUCGUUUCUGCCCUGGAAGAGCAGAACGCAACUCUGAAACGGAAGCUGAUGGAUGUGACAGCGAAAAGCCAAACCCUUAUCGAAGAGGUGGAGGAGAGCGAAGAGGAGCGAGAUCUGCUGAGAGAGCAGCUGGACGAGCUCAACAGCAGGAUGGAGAAUGAAUUCAUAUCCAUCCAGGAUCAUGAGGCAAUUCGGAAUGACAUGGCGGCGGCUCUGGAAGAGCUGAAGGACAAACUGGUGGAGGCCAGCGAACGAUACGGAAAAGCAGAGGGUCAGCUGCAACAGGUUCAGGCCGAGAAGGCCGGGUUGCAGGAGAGCAUGCAGGGCGGCAGCGAGAAGACUCAGAGGGAGCUGGACGCGCUGAAGGCUCACAACGGCGAACUGAUGAAGAAACUCCAACUGGUGCAGAAGAGAUACGAAGACGGAGAGAAAGAACGGGAAGAGCUGACGGUGCAGAAGCAGGCUCUGAAGCGGAGCGUGGAGGAGCAGUUUGUCUCCAGGCAGCAGCAUGAGAAGGUGAAGACAGAGUUGAGCUCCACCUUGGAAAGUCUGAAAGCCGACAAGUUGAAGUUGGACGCCAAGCUAAAAGAAAGUGCGGAAGAGCUGAAGAAUGUGAAAGAAGGAAAUGAAAAGUUGAAAGAGCAGUUGGAAAAAGUGACGUCAGAGAUGAAGAGUGAGUGCAUACGUAUGAAAGAGCACAGAGGUGUCACAGACAAGCUGAACGCUGCUGUCGUCGAGGCCGAAAACCGAGCUAACCAGGCGUCGGCGCUGCAUGCUCUGGCUCAGGAGGAAGUGGCAAAGCUCAGUCGGGAGCUGGAGGCCCAGAAGACGGAACUCGAUGCCAUACAGGAAGCUAUUCAGUCCAAGUUUAUCCCACUGACGGCAGCCGAGGCGAAGGAAACCACCUACAGCUCUCGGGUGAAGGAGCUGGAGCAGAAACUGGCAGAAACAGAGGAGAAGUAUCACAGAGAGAGAUCUGUCUGGGAAAGCAUGAAACAGGAGAAAGACAAACUUAAAGUUGAAACGGAAUCCGUCCAGCAGAGACUGGACUCUGCUUUGGUCAGUAGCAAAAAACACAUACAAGCUGAGGAAGAGUUCAAGGCUAAACUCGAGGCGCUGGCGCAGAAGUCGGCCAGCUUGGAGGAGCAACUCCAGGAGGCGACGCUGCAGAAAACUGAACUGCAAGACCAGAACGCCCUCUGCAACACUCAGAUCCAGAACCUGCAGGAGCAGCUGAAGUCCAAGCUGACACGGAUAGCGACCUAUGAUACGGAGCUGACGGCGCUCCAUGACGCCGCGCAGCAAGCUCAGGUCGACUGCAAGAAGGCGAGAGAGGCCCAGCAGGAGGAAGCGCAAAGAGUCGCCGCCCUCCAGAAGGAACUUCAGGAGCAGCGCAGGGAACAAACGUCACUGCUGCAACAGCACGAGGCCGAGGUCGCCAAACUCCGAGCGACACUCCGCGAAGAGGAAGAGAGCAAUGCCCAGAGGGCCGAAGACGUGCGCACCCUGCAGUCGGAGCUGCUGCGAGCCACGCAGGCGCUGGAGGACGUCCGCCACAAGGAGGAGCAGGUGAACGAGCUGAAGAAGGUGAAGCGGCUGCUGGAGGACGACAUCGUCGGCCUGGACAACAAGCUGCUGAGUUUGACACAGGAGUGUCAGAAGGCUCACCAGGAGGAGCGGGAAGCCAGAGAGGGUGAGAGCAGGGCCAGGGCCGACAUGGCGGCCGCCCAGGUGGCGAGCCGGGCCGUCGAGAGGGAAAUCGGGGAGCUGAGGGAACGGUACGAUGAGUCGCUCAGCACCAUCUCCGAUCUGCAGAGGAGGAUUCUCAGAACCGCGAGGGCUGCAACUAGCGGAUGUUAUUCAAUCACAGAGUUACUGACUGACGUGGAGCGACUGAAGCAGGCGCUCAACGGUUUAUCUCAGCUGACGUACACAAGCAGCACACCAAACAAGAGACAGACACAGCAAGUGGACGCCCUGCAGGCCCAGAUCACGAGUCUACAGCAGCAGCUGGCUGAUGCUGAGAGGAAGCACAGAGAGGUGGUUUCCAUUUAUCGGAUUCAUCUUCUCCGGGCAGCACAGGGUCACAUGGAUGAGGACGUCCAGGCCGUCUUACUGCAGAUCCUCCGUAUGAGAGAGGAAUUCGUCUGUUGAAGUCUCCAAAACCAAAACCGACAAAAAAACUCAGCCUUCUCCAAUUUACUCAUCUAUAUUUUUCUAAUAUAGCUAUGAAGAGAAACAAGCAAUGAUUUCCACUGUUUUUUUUUUCUGAAAUCUGUUUGUCUGUAGUAUCUCAGCACCUUGAUUCUUGGAUUAAAUCUGAAAGUGGCUGCAGAUUAGGAACAAACAGCUUUUACAGGUACAAACAUGUGUCUCUGUCAAACUGUUUUCUUUGAAUUACCUAAAGAAACAUCUCAGUUCCAGCUUUAAAUUCAGUUUAUUUCUUCGCCAUGAUUCAUUUUUGUAAAAUCUUCUGGAGUAGAACCAGCAGCUUUGGCCCAUUUAGCUCAGUAAUGUAGAACUUAUUUGAAAUGUGGGUUUGUUUAGUUUUUUUCUUCUUCUUCUUCAUAACACACUCCUAAAUGCGCAGCUGAAAUGAAAACUGGACAUGAUCACAAGACUACUUUCACAUUCCCACCUCACAGUCGACACUGCAGACAGUUCUCAUUGUUUAUUGAAGUGUUGCUGCGAAACAAUUUAAGGACAGGUUCAUAUUUUAAUUAUCUACUAAUGUUGCAGUAAUUAUUCCUGCUGAUUGCGAGUCACUCAGAAAAUAUAAAGAUAUGCAAACUUUGUUCGAUAGUGAAACCUUAAACUGUGUCUCACAUGAACAAAGUCAGAAACUCUGGAUUUAAAACGGUCAAAGGCAACAGUCUGAAUUUCAGUUUUGGCUAUUUGCGCAACAACAGAAAAUGUUUAAAAUGUUAUUUUUAAAAACCUUGAAUGAAAUGUUUAGACGUAAUAUUUCAAUUUUUUACCUCCUGAUUGUUUCUUUUCAGAAAAGAUGCGUAUAUUUAUUGCUCUUGGCGUAACUUCGGAGUUCAUAUGGUGAAAUCCUUAAAUUUUUGGAUAAGUGUAGAAUCUGUUUUAAUAUUUGUAAGGUAAGUAAAUAGCGAGAAAGGAAAUGAGUGAGGACUUCAUUCCCGAUUAAGCUGAUACCAGGUAAAUGUGAGUAAAAAAGUCCUUGUGUGUUAGAUUCAUAUUAAAAAUUAAAUACUUUUUAAAUUUGCUUUAUUAUGUUCAACAUUUUAGUUAUCAGAAGUUUGGUAUUCAACAUGCUGAGCGAUAAAUACACAUAAAAAAAGAUGUAAUUUCAACACUUUAAUGCUCCCAAACCACCUUAAAUAAGCAUUUUAAACUUGUUUUGUUGCUUAAAGCAUUAACAGCACCUUUGUAAAUCCAGGUCAAAUUUAAAAGUGUUGGAGACUAGAACUGGAAACCAACUUCAGCAUCAAGUUAUAUUAAAAAAGAUCUAAAAGAACUACCUGGUAAUAUCAGAAAUUGAAGUCUGCAACAUUAGAGUUUGAAAAGAAAAUUGUAUGUGAUCCUUAUAAUGGUGGAAAAUGUCUUGAUUCUAAGCCACUACUAAAUACUAAAUAAAUAAAUACUUUAGCCAAUACUAAAUUUUUUGUCAGCAUGAAAUUCUGGCUCUUAAAUGGAUCCAGAAGGAAUAGCAAUUUCUGUGACAUUUCAAAAAUAUGAAUCUGUCCUUUAACCUGUUUCAUGUCGGUCGCUUCUUGUAAUCGACUUCCAGUGAAUCGGCCUCGAUUUUAUAACACCGCUUAACCAUUUCUGAAGGUCCAAACUCAAAAGACUACAGGGGGUCAGAGGUCGAAUUUCAGCCGCUUGUGCCCAUCAGUCGGAUUGCAUGAGGCUGCGUGCCGAUGAUGCCGGGUUGGAGUCUGUGCUGAUCUGCUGUUUCCCAAAGUUUGCAGUGAAAUGUUCUUUUUUUGUUGAAACCAGAGCUCCCUCUAGUGGUGAGACUUGGCAGGCCAAGUCCAUAAAUGUAACCAUUGUAGCUCAGGGGGAUUCAGUUGUUUUUCAAAGCUCUAAGUUCUGCACGCUUAAAUUUAAGUAGGAGAAUAAUUUAAAUAUUUAAAAUGAAAAUGUAAAACCUAAUGCUUAAACCACUUUAAUUCUAUUUCUUGAAAGAAAAGAAAAAACUAAAUCUCGUCUUUUAUCUAACUCUUGCUGCAGUGAACUCAGAAGCGGCCUUAAAGCAACAGGUUCCCCUGAGCCAGCUUUGUGUGACUACUGACGCUGUUGUGUUGUGCUGUUUUGUAAUUUUGGAGCAAGUCUCUUUUUGCCUUUACACUGAUCUGUUUUUCAUAGCUUUGUACUACUUUAAUUAGUUUACGAAAGUCUGAGGAAUCGGAUAAUUCAGCAGGUCUGGAAGUAGAGCGGCACAAACAUGUCCAGAGGAACAUCUGACAAUUUAGGAAUCAAACUGGUGCAUUUAUUUAUGUAGAGAAACCUUCCCAUUCGCAGUAACUUGAAACACUCCUGUCUUUAGUUUGGAAAGUGAUGGUAGGUGUGUGGCGUUCUGCAGGUUUAAAGCUCUGACGCUAAUAUUUUGGGAUCUGUUUCAACUACAAGCUGAACCCAUGUCUGCAGAACCAUACUGUCCAACCGUUGUGGUAAAACUGGAUGAUGUUUAUCUUUAAUAACACUUUCUGUUUGUUGAACAUUCAUACGUCAAUAAAAGUGCCUAACAUAGAAAACUA